AUGCUCAUCGCCGCAAGUCGACCGUCCACCCCCCAUGUCCAUCCAGUCAGCGCAUGCAUCAUGGCGGACCGGGAGCGAGAGGCUGCACGGGUCCUCAACCCAGCAGCAACGGCGUACGAAGUGCUGGAUGUUCCGCCGAAUGCGACCCAUGAGCAGAUAGCGGCCCAGCACAGAGAGCUGCGGGUCCGCUGGCAUCCGGACAAGCACAGAAACAGCCACGAGCGGGCAACGCAGAUCUUUCAGAAGAUCGAGCAGGCCUGGGACACGCUCCAGGAUCCAUCUCGCCGCGCUAAAUACGAUCAGGAGCUGCGCCGUCAGGCUGUGAGCCAGGACGCAUUCGCUGGUGAGGGCAGCAUCGGUGCGACGUUGCGGAGCGGUGCUUACGGCCGUAUCUUGAAGGCGAUGGAGGAACUUCCACGAGGCUUGGCCGACGACCUGUUGCUCCCCCAGAUCGUGGUUGUCGGGUCUGAGAGUGCCGGCAAAAGCUCCCUGAUGGAGCGCAUCGCCAUGCAAGCGUUCUUUCCUCGCGCUGAGGGAUUCUGCACGCGCAUGGCGAUACGAUUAAAGAUGAUGCACCGGCCCCACGAGAGCCGAGUCAUGAUUCGCUGCCUGAACACAUCCAACGGGCAAGUCGCCAUGAUCAACGGUUCGAGGGGGGCAAGUCGCGCAGAGCAACGCUUCGAGGUCGAUGGUGUCGAGCACACUUUCAUCCAGCGCAUCAUCAAGGAGUUCAUCGCGCAGGUGCAUGGACAAGAUGAUGGGCGGAGCGUGCUCACCGACAUCGAGAUCGAGAUUGAGCUUCGAGCGUGCAACGUCCCGACUCUGACGCUCGUUGACCUCCCUGGCAUCGUCAGCAUGCCCGCAGAUGUCCGGCAGCAGACGCUUGAGCUCACGCGCCGCUACUUGCGCGAUCCGAACACUCUCGUGCUGUGCGUCAUCAAUGGCAACGAGGCAGCUCUGCGCGGAUCAAGGGCUCUCGAGGAGAUCAGCGAGCAUGCGGUCGCCCGACCAGCCUUUUCCAAGACGAUUGUGGUCACGACGCGGACAGACCUCUGGGUGCAGAGCAACGGGCUGGUUGGUCUCGCUCGAAGGCUGGCCGAUCCCAAGAAUGAGGUUGGGUGCGAGCCGGUGGCUCUGAUUCCGGUCAUCAACCGCGAAGCACCGAAAGAGAAUCAAGUGGAUGGUUACUCGCUGCCUGAUCUUGUCAAAAAAGAGCGCGCGAAGUUCGAGGAGUGGCAGGCAAAGGAGCCGGGGCUACGGGGCAAGCCGCUUGGCAUCCUAAGUGUACUCGACGCGCUGAAUGACCUCUUUGAGACGCAUAUGAGCGAGGUCUGGGUCCCGCAGGCAAAGAGAAAGCUGAUAGCGCUCAAGGAGGCCACGCAGAAGCAGCUUGGUGAUUUCGGCACCUCACUCUCGAGGGAGGAUGCUGAUGUUGUGCAAAAGCGAGCCUCCGAGGUGAUGCGCCUGCUUCUGGAGAGCGAGCUGUACAAUGCGUCGAUGGCAACGGGCAUUGGCGCUGCCGUUGACGCUGUGUCACCUUGGUUGCACUGGCCCCAGGCUGACGCUGCUGCGACAGCGGCAGCGCCUGCUGCAGGGGCCGCGACACCUUUUCCGUUCCAUUCGGCCCCGGCACCGGCGGCGGCGGGAGGCUUGUUCGGCGCGCCGGCGGCCGCAACGCCCGCCGCCGCUUCGUUGUUUUCGGGUGGAUCUCGUGGUCACUCUCGCUUGAGCAAUGCAGAGGAUCGGGUCGACAGCCAAAAGCUGUGGAGAGAUAACAUCGAUGCUUUCGAUGCACAGCGGCUCAUCUCAUCCGUGCUACAACAUGUCAUGGCAGACGACACUCCCCCCUUGCGCAUCAAACGCCUUUGCAAGCUUGCACCUUACGCCACGGAGUUCGCCAAUUCACGCAUCAACCAAUGGAGUGCAGACCCCCCUCCGAUCCCGCCCGAUCUGACCUGCGCAAACGCUAAGAGCAAGCUGAUUGACGCGGCAUUUGAGUCUGUGCUCGUCCCGCUGCUGCGCAGCCUGAAGUCGCCUGAGUUCCGCGCCUUUCUUCUUGCCAAACGCGACUGGUUCCAGGAGUCUGCAGCGGUGGCUGCACAGCGGGCGGCACUCAAGAAACGGAUCAGCGAUAUCGACGUGGCUGGCCGGACAUUGGAGGCGGUGGAGGAGGCUGUGCGGCGCCGCUCUGUCCCGCCAGCCAGACCGUCCCCUGCCGGCGGUGCAGGUUGGCCGCCAGAGCCUCCGGGAACUAGCCGGGGGAGUCGGAGUCGGAGGAGAGGACCGAGAGCCUGA